GCGCCGGGGGCCCCGCGGCCGGGACGGGCCCCCAUGGGCGGGUGCGUGGGCGCGCAGCACGACUCCUCGGGCAGCCUCAACGACACGUCGGACGGCGGCGGAGUUGCUUUAGGUCGCAAUCAGCCUCUGAAGAAAGAGAAACCCAAAUGGAAAAGCGAUUAUCCCAUGACCGACGGACAGCUGCGCAGCAAGAGGGAUGAGUUCUGGGACACGGCCCCGGCUUUUGAAGGCCGCAAGGAGAUUUGGGAUGCCCUCAAGGCGGCAGCCCAUGCAUUUGAGAGCAAUGAUCACGAACUGGCACAAGCAAUCAUUGACGGUGCAAACAUAACAUUACCACACGUUGUCCGUACAGGUCGAGAACAACCUUUUGAGAGAGCCUUUCUCCAGUUCCUCGGGGAAAACCGGUCCAUCUUGGAGAUGGAAAUAGGGCAGCGCUUCCCAACAAUAAUGCGAGCCAGAAGAGGACCUCUUGGUAAGGAAAGAGUGCCUUUGGAAGAAAGCUGCCUAAACUCAGGCGCCCUGACAGAAUGCUACGAUGAACUGGGCAACAGAUACCAGCUUCCCGUCUAUUGUUUAGUGCCCCCGGUCAACAUGAUAGAGGAGAAGAGCGACACAGAGACUCUGGAUUUCCCCGAGCCCCCGCCCAACUCGGGCUACGAAUGCCAGCUGCGGUUACGCCUCUCCACGGGCAAGGACCUGAGACUCUUAGUCCGCAGCACAGACACGGUGUACCACAUGAAGAGGAGGCUGCACGUGGCGGAAGGAGUGGACCCGCUCAAUCAGCGCUGGUUCUUUUCGGGCCGACCGCUCACCGACAAGAUGAAACUGGAGGAGCUGAAGAUCGCGAAGGACUACGUGGUUCAGGUCAUCGUGAGCCAGCCCUUACUCAAUCCGACCCCCGUCGAGAACUGAUGGGGUCCCGCCGGCUGGUUCCCCCCACCUCUUUCUCGUCUUUCUUCCUCCGCUCUGGGAUUUAUUUUCCACUGCUCUUCUUUUCCCAUAUGUGAAUUCAGUUCUGAGGAGUGACCAGCCAAGAAUUCCAUCUGUGAUGGAGCCGUACACAACAGUAAAGUGAAAUCGAUCACCGAGAACCGACCCUCGAAACGCACGCGGUCACUGUUCCCAGUGCGAGAGGCGGUGAGAUAAGUAGCUAAGCCUUUAAAAAGCAACAAGCAGCUGGCCUAAAGUUCUUCGGACCGAAAACUCUUCAAGGACAGCACCUUUUUGAACACAGAAUAGUUUUCUAAAAAUGUUUACAAAACCAAAUUGUACUAUUUCCAGAAUCAGCACUACGUAUAUAGUUCAUCCAAAAGUGUAGCUUCUCGGGCGGAAAGAGUCUGCUUUAGUAUUUAUACCGUUUCUUUUUCUUCUGGUUUCCGUUCUGCUGUGUUGUUGAGCACCCCUCCACAAAACGGGGACGGGGAGGCAGAGAUCGCCGGCGUUGUACUUCACCGUAGUUUGCCUCGGGUGCUCGGUUUGAGGAUUUUCGUAAUGGCCAGACCCAUCCACUGGUGACCGUCCAUCGUGCCGGAGCUGGUAGCCUUCUGCUGUCGCUGACUUCCGAAACUAGGGCAAUAAUUUAGCGUACACGGGAAUCCCUCGAUAGACGGAAUCGAUACGUUUCUGAAGAGGUGCCUGUAGAGUGAAUUUCACUGGGGCAAGCCCCGUAUUCCCAUUGUCCGUCCGGCAGUCGAAGAUGUUUUCCCACUCUUCCCGACCACUUCAGGGUUCCCCGGGGGGGGAGGGCUCCAGGAGUAGGGCGGAGAUGAAACCCACAGUCCCACGGCCUCACACCAGCUAAUGCCUCCACCGUGGGCGGCAUUCUUAUCCUGCCCUUAGGUCACCAGUCAGGUCGGGUAGUUAGCCCUGUGCGUCCCCCGCCCCGAGCGGGUGAGGCGGGGUGGCUUAGCAGCUUGGAAUUUUGUUAUGUGAGUUUGAAUCCCUCCGGUCCCCCUGCUCUUAGCACUUCCCAGUGGGGACCUCCCCCAGCCCCGUGGUGGGGUUGGGAAGCAGAAAGGGGUGCGGGCGCUCCUCUCCCUCGGCCCCAGCUCUGAAGCCUAGAGAUGCAAUCCCGAGGCCCGUGUCUCCCCGAAUUCCAGGUUUCGUCCGAGCGAGAUUCUGACUAUCGAAGUUGCCGUAUAACGAGGGAUACCUGUACCGUAAAAAUCUCUCCUGUGUUGUACUGUAAAUUGAGCUCUAAGAUUCUCCUGGCGUAGCGACACCUGCAAGUGGCCAUAGAAUCCUGGGGCUCGAUUCUCCUCUUUCAUCCCAAUGGUGCUAUCGUAUGCUCCACUCGAGCAUAGAAGGGGGGGGAUAGGAAUAUCUGCACAGACUCAUCCUCGCCGCCCCCACCUCCUCCCUCCCCCAGUGUAGACCAGGUAUACCAGCCACAGCAGCCCUCACUCCAGGAGUAGGACUGCUGGGAGAGGAGAAUCAUCCUCACCAUUUCCUUGGGGGCGAGGAGAUCAGCGAAAUUCUGUGCUGCCUGUCCUUACUGGACCCCCUCCUCUUCCCAUGCCCUGAGCCAUGCCAACUUUGGGCCCCUGAAGCCUGGGAAACCUUCCCGUGGCUCUGCCUGCGAAUAGACGUGAGGCCAGUCUCUCCUUUCUAUUCUCUCCCCAUCAAAACGGACUCUUCGCCCUCACACAGGGUCCCCGGCCACCCUCGUGCUGAUCUUCCCAUCGAACUGGGGAGGAGAGUCGAGCUCACGGGGCAUUCACUCUUUCAGGCCAGUAGAAAAACUAAUCUGAAUUCAUGCCCGACAGUUACAAAAGAGUCACCGAGCAGCUGCUUAAAAGCUGACGUCAGAACGGUUUAAUGGAUGCCUGUAAACUCACGAGCCCUUGUGUGUUUUUCUUUAAUCUGCCCGGGACUCUUCGGGGGCCAUUGUGUAACGGGGUGUGACGGUUUUCUGCCCGUGGACUUUUCCAGCGGACGUGGCAGAGGAGUUUCGGCCGGCCGAAGGCCAUGUCGAUUCUUUGGCCGUGCGGCUGAGGUUCCGUGAGCCCAGGGUUACGGUCGCUUGGGUGGGAUGGGAGCCGGUGCCCUUAUCAGACCAUCUGUGCACUUAUAACAGUCUCUGGGAGGGGAAAAAGGGAAGGAGGAAAAGUGCUUUGCUGUUGGCGACUUAGCUGAAGACUCAAAACCAGCCCCAUCACAUUUGAGUCAGGACCAUUAACCGUCUCCUUUUAGGUUAAUGGGGCAAGGAUGUCAGCUGGCAGACCUUGCUGCACUCGGGUCAGGUCUGACCAAUUAGCGUCAGUCCUCUUCUCCCAAAGACCGGCGGCAGAGCCGGAGAAAGAGCUGGAGAGCUGUGGAGAGGUAUGUAGGGGAAGCAACGGGCAGCCGUCCUCCCUCGCCUCUGCCACUAGACCUGCUAGCUAGGAAAACCAGCUGGAUCUCUCACAAGCCCUCCUGCCUCUCCCCCACCUCCAGCUCCUGCCAGUCAAUCAAUCGGUCGUUUUUAUCGAGCUCACUGUCGAGCGGAGGGGCUCUGUCCGGCUGCCCUCCCCUCCCUAUCGAUCGACAGGCUCCCCCCACCCCCAGACCGGCCAUCAUUAAUCACAGCAUCAACUGGAGAUAACUCAUUUGGAGAUGGAACUGAAAAAUCUCCUUUUAGACUAGAGAAGUGCCUGGGGAGAUGUUAUCGACAAGUCGUGACUUAACCAGCUUUCCAAAAGGAUCAGACGCUUUUAGAUAUCCUCCUCCAUGCAGCCUAUGCAGCCCCCAUAUGAGGGUGGCUGGAAUUACAUUAAGUCGCUGAACUCGAGAGGAGGCUGUAGAGCUUUCCUUCUUCGAGGAGAGGUGUGGCCGAGAGGGGAAGCCCCCGGGGGUCCUCAGAUCGCCCACGUCUGCCAUCAGAAGAGCCCGCCAUUCGUUCCCCGGGCCCACGGCCGCCUCGCGCUACAGCAUUUUGGGGAGUUGUACAGGUAAUUCCCUGGAUAUCCCCCUCUGCUGGGGGGCAAACCUGACUUCCCGGGGGUUAAUCCCCUACCAUCCCCUACCACGGUUACCAUUGCCCGGUUCUCUGAAUUCCUGGAUCUUUUGUUUCGUUUUGACUUCCUGUUUGGGCUUCUCUCUUGGUUUAGGGCAAAGAACGUUUGCUCCUGCCCAGCCACCCCCAGGGGGUCUACCUCAUACCGAUGAGAAACUAAGUUUUUCUUUCUCUUUUACAUCGUAAAUCAAUAAACGGAAAAAUACAUCAUCA